GCCGCCCGACUGGGCCCGAGUGCGAACAAUCAGCCAGGGAGUUUCCGUGUCUCGCCCGGCAAGAGAGCGACCCCCGCGCCGCGCCGAGUGGAGCCGGCUGGCCCGGUGGUCACGUGGGCCGCGGAUUCGCGCCAGUUUCAGUCUGAGGUCUGCGCGGGAGGGAGCGCCAGUCGUCAACAUGCCCCCGAGAGACUAUCAGAGCGAGAAAGAGAAGUGCAUCAAGUUCCUGCAGGAGUUCUACACAGAUAAUGAACUAGGGAAGAAGCAUUUCAAGUAUGUCGAGCAAUUGGUGCAAAUUGCUCACCGUGAGCAGGUGGCGCUCUACAUCGACCUGGAUGACAUUGCAGAGGAGGACCCAGAGUUGGUGGACUCAAUCUGUGAGAACACGCGCCGAUACGUGAACCUUUUCGCUGAUGCCAUUCAGGAAGUGCUGCCGCAGUACAAGGAAAGGGAGGUGGUGAGUAAGGAUGCACUGGAUGUUUACAUCGAACAUAGGCUGAUGAUGGAGCAGCGUACACGUGAUCCCAAUGAAAUCCACGACUCUCACAACCAGUACCCGGCCGAGCUCCUGCGGAGAUUCGAGGUUUAUUUCAAGCAUCCUAGUACAAUGAAGCCAAAGGUGGUACGGGAUGUGAAGGCGGACAGUAUCGGAAAGCUCGUGACUGUCCGUGGUAUUGUUACCAGAGUGACGGAAGUCAAGCCCAUGAUGGUGGUGGCUACGUAUACUUGUGAUCAGUGUGGGGCUGAGACCUACCAGCCGAUCCAGUCUCCUACAUUCAUGCCACUGAUAAUGUGUCCCAGCCGUGAAUGUCAAACCAAUAAAUCCGGGGGAAGGCUUUACCUACAGUCCCGAGGGUCAAAGUUCAUCAAGUUCCAGGAGAUUAAGAUCCAGGAGCAUAGUGACCAAGUACCAGUGGGAAACAUUCCCCGCAGUAUGACUGUGUACAGCAGAGGUGAAAACACCAGGCAAGCUCAGCCCGGGGACCACGUUAGCAUCACUGGUAUCUUCCUGCCCAUGAUGAGGACGGGCUUCAGGCAGGUGGUCCAGGGUCUCCUCUCAGAGACAUACUUGGAUGCUCACAGGAUCAGUCAGAUGAAUAAAUCGGAGGAUGAUGAGUUAGCAGCGCAGGAGUUGAGUGAAGAGGAGCUGAGGCAAAUCACAGAGGAUGACUUCUACGAGAAGUUGGCUGCCUCAAUUGCCCCGGAGAUCUAUGGGCAUGAGGAUGUGAAGAAAGCACUGUUGCUGCUUCUGGUUGGAGGUGUGAAUCAGUCUCCUAAAGGAAUGAAGAUCAGAGGAAAUAUCAACAUCUGUCUGAUGGGAGAUCCAGGUGUGGCCAAGUCCCAGCUGCUUUGCUACAUUGACAGACUGGCACCAAGGAGUCAGUACACCACAGGCCGGGGUUCUUCAGGUGUAGGCUUGACCGCUGCGGUUAUGAAGGAUACGGUCACUGGGGAGAUGAUCCUGGAAGGAGGAGCUCUAGUGCUGGCUGACCAAGGGAUCUGCUGCAUUGAUGAGUUUGAUAAGAUGAUGGACUCUGACAGGACUGCCAUUCAUGAAGUCAUGGAGCAGCAGACCAUCUCCAUUGCUAAGGCUGGUAUCAUGACAACAUUGAACGCCCGCUGCUCAAUCCUGGCAGCAGCAAACCCUGCGUAUGGCCGAUACAACCCCAAGAAAUCAGUUGAACAGAACAUCCAGCUCCCAGCGGCAUUGCUGUCCCGAUUUGAUCUCCUGUGGCUUAUUCAGGAUAAACCCAACCGAGAUAAUGACCUGAGGCUCGCCCAGCACAUCACCUACGUACACCAGCACUGCAAGCAGCCACCCUCCCAGUUCCAGCCACUGGACAUGAAGCUCAUGAGGCGUUACAUCACUCUCUGCAAGAAGAAGGAGCCCAUGAUCCCUGAGUCAUUGGCUGAUUACAUCACCGCUGCUUAUGUGGAGAUGAGGAAAGAGUCGAGAAUCAACAAAGAUACCACCUUUACCUCUGCCAGGACAUUGCUGUCAAUUCUGCGCAUCUCCAUUGCCCUGGCUCGGCUUCGCAUGGUUGACAGUGUGGAGAAGGAAGAUGUGAAUGAGGCGAUGAGGCUGAUGGAAAUGUCCAAGGACUCUCUGCUCGGAGACCGUGAUCAAACCACUAGAGCCCAGCGGCCAGCAGAUGUAAUCUUUGCCACAAUUCGGGAGAUGGUCGCAGAUACCACCACGCGUACUAUCAAGUACUCUGAGGCAGAGCAAAGAUGCAUCUCGAAGGGAUUCACACCGGCGCAGGUAGAAGCUGCUCUGGAGGAAUACGAGGAACUCAAUAUUUGGCAAGUGAAUCAAGCCCGGACUAAGAUCACCUUUGUAUGAGCAAAGUUCCAGUGACACUGGGUGGAAACUGAUGCUGUUUUAGAUUGGCCUUGCUUGGCUUGGCAGCUAUUCUGUGCUUGAGCUCUCGCCACCGGAGGACUGUAUUCUUGCUUAUUUUUGUUAGGUAGAGGAGAUGAGUUGAAGAAAUUGGUUAAUAAAAACUCUUUGUAACUUUU